UCGUCAUCCCUUAGUUAAUUACUGCCCUCCCAUCACAAAACCCCACCUCUCUUUGUUCACGUUUUUUUUUUCUGACAUUUUUUCUGCAGCUUCCGAAACCCUCGCCCUAAUUCCCCCCACCUAGAUUCCCACUUUUCUUAUCAAAUAUCUUAUCGAUUGAGUAGUAAUAGUAGAUAGCUAAAUAUGGGAGAAAACAAGGAGAACGAUGCUUAUGAGGAAGAGCUUCUUGACUAUGAAGAAGAUGACGAAAAAAUCCCUGAUUCCGCUACAAAAGUCAAUGGCGAGUCCGCCAAAAAGGGUUAUGUUGGGAUUCACAGUUCAGGUUUCAGAGACUUUCUUCUAAAGCCAGAGCUAUUGCGGGCAAUUGUCGAUUCUGGGUUUGAGCAUCCUUCCGAAGUGCAACAUGAGUGCAUUCCACAAGCUAUUCUGGGAAUGGAUGUCGUGUGCCAAGCUAAAUCUGGAAUGGGAAAAACUGCUGUUUUUGUCCUUUCAACUCUGCAACAGAUUGAGCCCAUUGCUGGUCAGGUUGCUGCCCUGGUUCUAUGUCACACUAGAGAAUUAGCUUAUCAGAUCUGUCAUGAGUUUGAGAGGUUCAGCACUUAUCUGCCCGAUAUCAAGGUUGCUGUUUUCUAUGGUGGUGUCAACAUCAAACUCCACAAAGAGCUGCUGAAGAAUGAAUGCCCUCAUGCUGUUGUUGGAACUCCUGGAAGAAUACUUGCAUUGGCAAGAGAUAAGGACCUGUCCUUGAGGAAUGUGAGGCAUUUUAUACUAGAUGAAUGUGACAAGAUGCUUGAGUCACUUGACAUGCGGAGAGACGUGCAGGAAAUCUUCAAGAUGACUCCUCAUGACAAGCAAGUCAUGAUGUUUUCUGCUACUCUCAGCAAGGAGAUUCGCCCGGUUUGCAAGAAAUUCAUGCAAGAUCCAAUGGAAAUUUAUGUUGACGACGAGGCCAAGUUGACACUGCAUGGACUUGUACAGCACUACAUCAAAUUGAGUGAAACAGAGAAAAACCGGAAGCUGAAUGACCUGUUGGAUGCUUUGGACUUCAACCAAGUUGUUAUUUUUGUCAAGAGUGUGAGCAGAGCAGCAGAGUUGAACAAGUUACUGGUGGAGUGUAAUUUUCCAUCUAUCUGCAUCCACUCUGGCAUGAGUCAGGAAGAAAGACUGACACGCUACAAGGGUUUCAAGGAAGGACACAAGAGAAUUCUUGUGGCAACUGAUUUGGUUGGUAGAGGCAUAGACAUCGAAAGGGUGAACAUUGUUAUUAAUUAUGACAUGCCAGAUUCUGCAGAUACUUAUCUACACAGAGUUGGAAGAGCUGGUAGAUUUGGAACUAAAGGGCUUGCCAUAACUUUUGUGUCAUCUGCAUCAGAUUCUGAAGUUCUCAAUCAGGUUCAGGAGAGGUUUGAAGUAGAUAUUAAAGAACUUCCUGAGCAGAUUGAUACCUCUACAUACACUUGUUGAAGCUUGGGUAUCAUCAGCUGCAAUUGCUGAAAUUCAUUGGGGGAUAUCACCGUGAACUUCUGUGAAUGCCGCCACAGUGGAAAUGAUUAUGCACCUUUAUCCCGGCCGUGCUGUGGUUGGUUCUUUGGUUACUGGGUACUUUUACCUCUUUCUACCCCAUAUGUCAAACUAGUCUCCUAGCAAUUAUCAACGGUUCUAGACUUUGUUGCAGGGCGAUGUUGACUUGUGUUAGGUUCAUUUUUGGUACAGUGUGAAGUGACAAUUCCAGGUUCCCGAAUGCAAAGAUUCAUACAUCAUCUCCGCUCGUCUUGACUGUAAUAGCCAACUUUUCAACUGCUUAAUUCCUUUAGGCAGAUUUCUUGCCGACAGGCUGAUUUGCUGUAAGUUAUCUCAGAAACAAAGGCAAUCCCAUGGUUCGUUUUAAUAAAUUCAUUUACUGA